GGGUCAAGGAAGUCACAGCGCGUGUCAAGCAGAAGACAAUUUUCAGCGCGAGGCCACCCAUAAUACCUUGCGGGCGUUACGGUCCUGACGUUAAGUUAAUGUCCGUCACGUGACAAGGAUAUAAAACUGCAAUGACAGUUAAACGAGCAUUAGAUUUUUCAAUUACAAGUGUUACGAAUCAGUUAAGAUAACCGAAGACAGCAUAUUUUGGAGAUUGUUACCAUAAGACACCAUUAUAAAGGAAAUUGCUAGUUUCAAACUUAAAGAUGUCUCAUACAAGGAGAAAAUACAUUGAUGUCCCAAUGAAAAUAGAUGGAAACCUCAAAUAUGUGAAGGGAGUCUCGAAGUACACAACAUGUGGUGAUGUCAUCAAAAUGGUCUUGAAGAAAACAGAAGAAGGCAAGGAAAAUGGAACUCCGGAGGCUUUCGGAAUCUACGAGUCUUCCCGAGGUAUUGAACGUCUGCUUCCUGCCAAAAGUCGCGUGCUAAAGGUGAUGAGGUCGUGGGGAAUGGACGCUGACUACGAGUUUAUAUUCCGCAAAGUGAACACAGCGUUUGUCGCACCAAAAAUGUCAGAAGCGAAGCGCAGGAAAUUGACAAACAGACAGAGAUCAACUAAUAAAUAUGAAAACGUUGAAAAACUGGCAGGACUUGUCCAUUCACAUAAAACAAGGCUAAACAAACAUGACGCUGACAACGAGUUUGUGAAGGAAAUAUAUUUCAACGACUCUGACAGCAGCAUGGAUGAAUUUAUUUCUCAUGUGGACAAAAGUAAUAUGAAAGGAUUUUUAAAUUUCUGUGGGGCUGUGUCGGCAGAAGAAAUAAACAAACUGUCGUCUGCAAGCCAAAUGGAAAUGAGCAGAAACAUGACAGGACAAUCUGAUGAUUUCGAACUUGUACGUAGUAAAGAUGUAACUAGCACAAUACAGAAUAAUGUUAAUGAUGUGAAAUAUGCUGUUAGAAAAUCACUUAAAACAAAAACUUGUUCUGUAGCUGACUUGACUGCAAAAAGACUUAAUAACCUCGGAACUGAAAUCCACACGACGCCAAACCUUAAAGCUGCAAAAGAACAGAGUAGGACAAUAAAACGUCACGACAAACUUGCUAAUGAUAUUGCUACAAAAAUUGCCAGAAUGAACCAGAAGGAGGGAAAGGAAGCAUUGUUACAGAAAUAUUUCGCUGACUACAUUACAUACCGCUCACCUGGUUACAAAUUCCGUGAUUCUAGAUUCCGGGAACGAGGUGACGGCGCAGAAACAAAUUCGGAAUAUUCUACGCAGCGUCAGAUAACUGGUUCUGAGAACAAAACAGCCAAACCAAAACGUAAAAGUUCACAGACAUCUUUAACUUUCCAAGACUACGACACAAGCAGUGAUUCCGGGCAGGAGGACGAGAUUUUAAACUUUGAUACGGCAUUUAUCUCGGACGUAUCUGAAAUCAACCAUGGUUAUAGAGAACCACAUGUUAGUCUCAACUACGAAACGUCUCGAGAGGACAGUACUCUUGGUCAACAUGAAGUCGACCUUAACACUGCAUGCGUAGGCAAACUUGUGGACUAUAGUCUAAGUGAGGAAGAUUCUUUACUCGCUGAUCCCAGUGACAUUAGUUCUAUAAGUACAGCGAGCGAGAACAUCGUGCAUAAUGUAAGCAGCGUCUCUGACAUUGUAAAAGCUAUUUUUAAUGAAAAUCGGGAAGUCAGUGAAGAUGACGAAAUGGAAAGUUUUAUGAAAACUAAACUUUGGGAUGAAUUUUCUGAUGAAGGUCUUAGUUCUCUAGGAAGCGAAGAUGAAAAAGAGAUAAUUGUUUGAAAUCAGACUGUAACUCAUUAAUAAAUAAAAUGGAAAACGACACUUUGAGCAUAGCUGAAUAUUACGAAGUUCAGUGAAUUUAUGAUAUAAAUGCAACAAUUGCUAUGUUAUUUCAUGCACACAGUUCGUAAAUGUGUUGUCUAAUUCAAUCUUAUUCCUUCUUCCUUAAAUCUCUAACUGUAAUUUCUCCUUUGUGUAAAAUAUUCUCUGUCCUUUUAUUAUGUAAAUACUUGGUUUUUGAACCAGAAGUGCUAUAGUGAUAUGUGUACAUCGUAGUGUAAAUUAAUGUUACAGAUGUUGUUGUCGAGAAAUAUAUUCUAAAAUGUGCAAUAAAAUGAUUAUGACGA